UCGGGAAGGCCCGCCCAGAUUCGGCCCUCCCCCCGCCCCCCGCCCUUCUCCUCUGGGCCUGGGGCGCGGGCGAAGCUGGGGGCGGCAGGCUCCGAGAGGCGCCGGCGGGACUGAGGCCGAAGCGGGCGGCCGAGGCGGGUAGGCUCGCUCUCCCCCGCGCCCGGGCCGCGGGAGCCGAGCCGGAGGCCCCCGUGCAGAGCGCGGCCGGGGGGAGGGGCGGCGGCCGCAGGCGGCUGUGGGCGGUACCCGGCCUGGCCCCUGGGCCCCGAGUGGGGCCGUACCGCGCCGGAGAGGAGCGGCGGACAGCGGAGGGAGGGGGAGAGGUGGGAGGGGCUAGAACCUUGGAAAUGGCAGACCAGGGACUCGCGAGGACAUCCCAGCUCAAGCCCCGGUGAGGAUUCGUCUUUAAGAGGCCGCUUUGGACCCGGAGACUGCAGAGACCCCGAGGAGAGAGACUGUUUUGUCAUCUGUUCACUUCUGGCCUCCAGACCGAGCUGGAGCCCCCCACUCUUCCUGCUUAGGGCCCUGGUCAGCCUUUUCCAGAGGCCAGAUGCCCAUCCCCAACAGGCAGCCUUGUUUGCCCAUGACUUCGUCUCGGAGAGAAGACCCCGUUCCGCAUAAUCUGACAUUCCCUUCCUAGAUGGACCCAGGGUGUUUACUAGAUGGGUAACUAAGUGCGACCUGUUGAUAGCUGGUGUCGGCUGGGAGACCAAAAUUUGGGUUGAGGGGACGAGGAGGCUCUGAGCUGCCUUCCCUCCUUCCAGGGCUGGGUGGCCAAGCAGCCAUGCCUACGUGGGGGGCUGGCUCGCCGUCCCCUGACCGCUUUGCUGUGUCCGCGGAGGCUGAGAACAAGGUGCGGGAGCAGCAACCGUACGUGGAGCGCAUCUUCAGCGUGGGGAUGAGUGUCCUCCCGAAGGACUGUCCUGAGAAUCCUCACAUCUGGCUGCAGCUGGAGGGCCCCAAGGAGAAUGCCAGCAGAGCCAAGGAGUUCCUGAAGGGUCUUUGCAGCCCAGAGCUGCAGGAUGAAGUCCACUAUCCACCCAAACUGCAUUGCAUCUUCCUGGGAGCCCAGGGCUUCUUCCUUGACUGUCUGGUCUGGAGCACAUCAGCCCACCUCGUGCCAGGGCCCCCUGGUUCGCUGAUGGUCAGUGGCCUGACCGAGGCCUUCGUCAUGGCUCAGAGCAGAGUGGAGGAGCUGGUGGAGCGGCUGAGCUGGGACUUUCGGCCAGGGCGAGCCCCUGGAACCUCCCAGUGUGCUGGAGUGCUGCGAGACUUCUCGGCCCUGCUGCAGCCCUGUGGGGAUGCCCACAGAGAGGCCCUGCUGCAGCUGCCCCUAGCUGUCCAGGAGGAACUGUUGAGCCUGGUGCAGGAGGCAGCCAGGGGGCAGGGGCCUCAGGCACUGCCCCCCUGCGGUGGGGGGAGCCCCGGCCCACUGGGUGCUCAGUACCAGGGUGUCAGAGCUCCCUCGAGUGAAGGCAGGGAGUCCCUGGACCCUGGACCUACGGGGUGGCGAGAGUUGAGGGUAGAGAGACAGGUUAUGGAGCUGGAGGGAGGGAAGCAGGGUGGUCCCAGGGAGAUGGAUUUGGGGUGGAAGGAGCUGCCUGGGAAAGAGCCUUGGGAGAAAGAAGGGGCCUUCAGAUCACAGUCAGGAGGAGGAAUGGCAGGGCAGGUACGGCCCCUGCCAGGAAAGGCCCUGGGCAAGGAGGGGGUGCCUCAGGACAGAGGAAGGUCGGUCUGUGUCCAGGGCGAGCCUCCUGGUGCCCAGGGCCCCUGUCAGAGGGCAGCUCAGCCCCGGGGAGCCUCCCUCCUGCAGCGGCUACACAACGGGAAAGCCUCACCUCCAAGGGUGCCUAGCCCUCCACCUGCGCCCGAACCCCCGUGGCACUGUGGAGACCGAGGAGACAGGGGAGAUAAGCAGCAGGUCGCGGCACGAGGUCGUGGGUCUCCGUGGAAACGAGGCUCGCGCGGGGGCAACUUGGUGACCGGCACGCAGCGUUUCCAGGAGGCCCUGCAGGACCCUUUCACCCUGUGCCUUGCCAAUGUCCCCGGCCAGCCAGACCUCCGUCACAUUGUCAUCGACGGCAGCAAUGUGGCCAUGGUGUUCAUGGUGAAGCUGGCUGAAGAGACCGAUGGGGUCAUUGUCUCCAAUGACCAGUUCCGGGACCUGGCGGAGGAGUCUGAGAAGUGGAUGGCGAUCAUCAGGGAGCGCCUGCUGCCUUUCACUUUUGUGGGAAACCUCUUCAUGGUUCCUGAUGACCCGUUAGGGCGAAAUGGCCCCACGCUGGAUGAGUUCCUGAAGAAGCCAGUCAGGGCACAGGGGGCUUCUAAGGCUCAGCAUCCUUCCAGGGCCUUCGCAGAACCCGGUCAGCAGCAGCAGGGGAGAGAAGAGGAGGAAAAAGGCAGCAGUGGCAUCCGGAAGACCCGGGAGACUGAGCGGCUGCGGCGCCAGCUGCUGGAGGUGUUCUGGGGCCAGGAUCACAAGGUGGACUUCAUCCUGCAGCGGGAACCCUACUGCCGGGACAUCAACCAGCUCUCUGAGGCCCUGCUGAGUCUCAACUUCUGAGCCUCCCCUGCCUGACUGCCUGCCUGCCGCCCGGUCAGCUUCAGCCUGGCCCAGCUCAGCUCUUUCUGUGAGGGUCCUUGUGCUGCUCAGACCCUGACCUAGACUCACUCUGAGUUGGUGGGACUUGAUCUCAUCUUGAGUCGGGACCUCAGAUAGCUCUCAAGAGGUUCUGCUCAGCCUUAAGUUCUCAACCUUGCCAUAGCACAGGGUUUCUGUAGGGAGUGGGGACCUACUGGGAAGAGCAGGUCCUGGAAGUGGGGACUGCCGGCUCCUUCAAACUGAGUUGGGGAUGGAGGCUUGGGGGGGUGGGUGGGGAAUGAAGAGCAGGUGGCAAGGAAGCGAAGUCUUUCCUCCCCCUUGGCUGUGGCUCUGGAUGCCAGAGGGACAGUUGCUUCCCAGGCCUGGCUGGGCUGCUGGGUUCAUCGAAGGGAAUGCUGGGCCCUGGGGAGGCCCUGGGGAGGUAUUAUGGGGUCUGGGUCACAGUGGGGCAGCAGGUUGCUGGUGGAGAAGGCACAGGGAGGGAGACUUGGCUUCCGGUCUCAGCUAUGUCUGUCUGUGACCUUGAUGGAGCUGCUUGGCCUUUACUUCUGCUUGUAAAUCAGGGCUAAAAAUGCCGGCUGGGAAGAGAAAUGAGAACACAGCGGAAAGCUCCUCGGAGGAAAGGUACUUGCAUCAAGUCUCAGGUGUGUCUGUCUGUGGCUGCACAGGCUGCCUAACCAAAACCUCACUUUGCCAGAGCUGAGGAUCCUCUGUCCCCAGGGCUCAGGCCCUUGAUUUUAAUUAACACUGCGUCCUCAGUAUCAUAUGCCCUGUAAUGGCUGCGUCCCUUUUGGGCAACCCCCCAAAUCCACAUUUACAAAACAGUUAAUUAGGGGUGACUGUUUGCAUUACCAAAAUACUCUCAGGGUUCCUGUAAAUGGCAGCUCUCCUGUUGCGUUCAAGUGUUUACAGAUGAACGAAUGUGUCAGAAAGUCCCCGGUUAGAUGCACUUGCUGAAAUGUUGAGCGUUCACCAGACUGAUGAAGCCAUGCUCUGCAAUGACAAUGUUAAUGUGAUCUGACCCCAGCAUUUUCUCUACAGAACACAUAUGUGGCAUAAAGUGAGCCCCACUUCUGC